AAUAAAUAAAACUAAAACAGCGUUUCUUAUCUUGUUUCCUCUAAGCCUAGCACUGAAGAUUAAAGAAGAAGAAGAAGCUGAGUUCAACAAUGGUUGCUCAAUCUUCAUCGCAAUCAAUGGCUGAAACAUCGAAGCAAAAUUGUGUAGUGUCAAACUGUUUAAUUUCACUACCUUUCUCAUUCUCAACCCCUCCAUUCUUCAAACAACUCCCAAAAUCAAAUCUACAGUUGGCACAAACUUCAUCAAAUGCCUUUCUUCAUUUUCACAACUCCUUACUCUCCACAGCUGAGAAAUGCUUCACCUUGCUGCAUUCUUUUCUUGCCUCUCAACCCCUUUUCAACAAAAUCAUGAACUUCUCUUCACAUUUCUCUCAGGUACAGUGCAGGACUUACCAGAACUUGGGUAAUCUGUCCCAUCACAAUUUUGCAGCUGUCUUGCCUGGUGACUCAGUUGCAGGAAUUGUUGUUGCAAAUGGAAUUAUAAAUUUCUUGAACAUCUACAAUUCAUUACUGGUUGUCAGACUUGUUUUAACCUGGUUCCCAAAUGCUCCUCCUGCCAUUGUCAGUCCCCUCAGCACUCUAUGUGACCCAUACUUGAACAUAUUCCGUGGGAUUAUUCCACCACUUGGAGGGACUCUGGAUCUUUCACCUAUAUUGGCAUUUCUUGUUUUGAAUGCCUUCACCAGCACUGCAUCUGCACUUCCUGCUGAACUUCCAUCCUCGACUGUGAGAGCAUCAUCAGAUACUCCACACGGUGCACCGAUAUUUCAUCUUACUACAUCGCAGAAGAAAUGGAUGAGGAGACUUUCUGGAAACAAGUCAAAGACUUCCGAUGAUGAAAGUUAAGCUGGUUUCUGCUCAUCAUUCAUGUAUUCACCAAAUGCUAAGCCAUACUCUGUUGACACUACAAUUUGACAUUAAAAUGUAAAAAUGUACUACAAAUUGGAUUUAUUUUUUUCAUGUAAACCAGAAAGCUUUUCAUCACUC